AGGAGAGAUGCAUUGUACCAGGUUGUAGCAUCAGUGCUAAUUUCCACCUGUAGUCCCUGUGGCAGAUUCAUUGAUUGAUUGUAUUUAACUGACCUUAACUAUCAACUGUUCUUGGAAACGGAGAGUUGUGUAGUGUUUGCGUGCAGCUGACCGGAUGAAAAUGCAUGCGUGCGUGCUUGCUCUGUUGUGCCUGUCGUGCGCAUUGGCGAGCGGAUCCAUUCAUGCACAAAGAAACUUCUACGAUGCCCUAAACGUGGAGCCCACCGCCACACAGAGCCAGAUCAAGAAAGCUUUCCGCUCUCUGGCGCUGAAAUAUCAUCCGGACAAGAACAAGAGCGCAGAGGCGGAGGAGCGCUUCAGGGAGAUCACACAAGCUUACAAAGUGCUAUCCAGUUCCGAGGAAAGAAAGUUGUAUGACCGCUUGGGACAUGAAGCAUUUUUGAAGAACUCCUCCGGUGUCCGUCACGAGGAACCAAAUUUCAACGAUAUUUUUCACUUUUUUGAAGGAGAUGUUUUCGAGAUGGAUACAGAAUUCAUGUGGACUUUUUCAAACGACGUUGUUUUUGAACAAUUUGAUUUUCAUAAUCAUGAGUUUUCAUUUUCAGACAGUGAAGAAUUUGAAGAGGAUAUUUACUUUUAAAUCAUGUAUAGGCUUUGUUGUCCAGGUGUGAUCCAUAGAUGUUCCGCAGUUCAUCCAAGCAGCUUCCUUAGAUCUGGUCAGAUUGUUCUUAUCUGCCUGAAGUCAUGAAACAUCUUCACUCUAAAACUUUUGUACAGCUAAGAGAAUAGAAUGUUUAGUUUGUUGAUUGUUUUUGGUUGAUUUAAAUUUGUAAGUUAUAAUAAAGUCUAAUUUGACUUAA